CUCAAACUACAAAAAUAAACAAAAUUUCACGUGCAUAUGGUUUGGAAUUAAGUGAUUUAGUGAUAAACAUAAUUUGAGAAGAGAUAAGAAAAAUUCAUUAAAGUGUCCCUAAUUAACAUCAAUUAUGCCACUAAAAUCGCAGUUUCGAAUCCAAUUGUCGAAAUCGACGGUGACGAAAUGACCAAAAUAAUCUUUGACGAAAUCAAAAAGAAAUUAAUUUUGCCUUUCGUCGAGCUUGAGAGGGAAUACUACGACUGUGGCCUCGAAAAUCGAAAUGUGACCAAAAAUCAGGUCUCAAAAGACGCAGCGGUGGCAAUUUUGAGACACAAUGUUGGGAUUAAAUGCUCGACGAUAACCCCAGAUGAGGAACGAGUAAAAGAAUUUAAUUUGACGCAGAUGUGGCCUAGCCCAAACGGCAUGAUCCGAAACGCCCUCAACGGGACGCAAUUCCGGGAGUCCGUCAUUUGUGGCAAUGUGGCUAAGUACGUCCCUGGAUGGACCAAACCCAUCAUCAUGGGUCGACACACCUUCGGCGACCAAUACGGCGGCAAAGACUUGAUUAUCGAAAAAGCGUCAAAAAUUUUUCUCACAGUCAAAACCGAAGACCAAGAGGAAAAAAUCGAAGUUUUCGAUUAUAAAAAUCGCGGAGUUGCAAUGGUGAUGUUCAACACCGAGGAGAGUAUUCGAAGUUUUGCAACUUCCUGUUUCCGGAUGGCUUUGGAACGCCAACUUCCGGUGUAUUUCGCCACCAAAAGUACUCUUUUGAAACAUUAUGACAAACUUUUUAAUGAAGUUUUUUUGGACGUUUUUGAGAAGGAUUUUAAAUCGAAGUUUGCCCACGCCAACUUGACUUUUGAAUUACGCUUAAUUGACGAUAUGGCCGCCCAGGCCCUCAAAUCCCCCGGUGGGUUCCUCUGGGCCUUGAAAAGCUACGAUGGUGAUGUCCUUUCGGACGUCGUUGGGCAAGGAUUUGGUUCCAUGGGUUUGAUGAUCCACAGCUUGAUAUCCCAUGAUGGUAAAACGGUGAUGACUGAACCGGCUCAUGGUACCGUGACCCGACAUUACCGUGAGUACCAGAAAGGUGGCAAAGUUUCGACGAACCCAAUUUCGUCGAUUUUUGCCUGGACUAGAGGCCUUCAACAUCGGGCAAAACUGGACCAAAACACCAAAUUGGAUAAUUUUGCCCAAAUUUUGGAAAAAAGUACCAUUUCGACCGUUGAACAAGGGUUGGUUACGAGGGAUUUGGCACCUUGUGUCUUCGGGAAGGAGUUCAAGGAGGAUCAGUGCUUGAGCACGUUUGAAUUUAUUGACAAAGUGGCCCAAAAACUGGCCAAAAAUCUGCUAUGAUUUGAAAUUUUAGCAAAAAUUAAUAAAAAUUAAACAAAGAAAACAUUUGUGUUUAUUAAAGGAUAAAAAAUGAAGUAUUUUGUCAAAAUUUUGGCCCAAAAUUUGCUUGUUUGGGUCAACAGAAAGGAAAAAAACAAAAAUUUUACAUUCAAAAUCAAAUAAACCAAUACAACAUUUAGCAC